AUGUUCGCAAAAGUUGUUAGGAAAAUUCUUAUCCUUGAAUCCGACCUGGAUAACACACACGACACAUUUCAUCGAGCCAUUAGACCUUUCAUAGUCGUGGGUCAGCUUUUUGGAAUUUUCCCCAUCGCCGGAAUAUUUAGCAACAAUGCUCGCCAUGUUCGGGUGGAUUGGUUUUCUGUUCGUGUGAUUCUUAACCUGGUGAUCAUCGGGGCCGGAUCAUUCAACAUGAUAACCGAAAUUCAGCGGCUGCGAACGAUCGGAAUUAGUGCGAAGAACAUCAACCACCUAGUGUUUCUCAUUGAUGCCUGCCUAAUCAGCACGCUUUUCCUACGCAUGGCCACCCAGUGGCAGAGGGUGGCAAUCAAGUGGAGUCAGGUGGACAAGAUUUUCCUGAGCGAAUCGUACCGAAUAUGUUCAUGGUGGACAUUGAAGCGCAAAAUAUGGUUUACCGCUGGCCUUCUGCUGCUGCUUGCAUGCGGUGAACACAUACUCUCGAUUGUGAAUACUUUAAGCGAUCAACAGCACGAAAUACGACACUGCGGUUGGGAACAGAAUGUAACCGAUAUGUUCCGGCACUUCGCAUUGCGGAAAUUUGCUAACGUGUAUUCGUAUUUUCCAUACAGUUCAUAUUCCGCAGGGUUUUUUAUGUUUGUUUCUUCUGCACUGACACUGUACUGGAACUAUCUGGACAUCUUCAUCAUUUUGUUAAGCAUUGCAAUCGCGACCCGUUUCAACCAGAUCCAUAAACACAUACAAACCAUCGCCCAAGGUGUCUUUGCUUCGAACGAGCAAUUUUGGAUCCGGGUUCGUUCAGACUACGUCUCCGUUUGCGAGCUGCUGGACGAGGUGGACCGGGUGGUAUCCUGGAUCAUGCUAAUAUCCUGUGCUACCAAUCUGUACUUUAUCUGUCUGCAGAUUCUCAACGUUUCGCAGAAGCUACGCUACGUGAUGAACGAUGUUUACUACUGUUUUUCGCUGCUCUUCCUAAUCGGACGCACCGUGACGAUGUUUCUGUGUGCCGCUAGCAUCCACGAGGCAGCCAAAAAGCCACUCGAUGUCGUGACGAAAAUUCCAAACUCCGGAUGGUGUGUGGAGCUAGACCGAUUUGCCACCCAGCUGAAAAGCGAAACCGUUGCACUGUCCGGAAUGGGAUUUUUUCAUAUUACUCGACAGCUCUUAUUUUCCAUGGCGGGAACAAUCGUUACCUACGAGCUGGUGAUGCUAAAAUUUGAUAGGCAAUCCGAAGGCAAAGGGUACAUCCGCCCUUGUUCAUUUUUCGAAAUCGAGAAGAAAUGGUUAACCGGAAAGUAAUUGACAACACCGUUUCAUUAGCACAGCAGCCUGUCUUGAAUAGAGAUAAUAAAGAUUAAUUUGUGGUUAAACCUUCGUCCGACGAUGAAGAAGAUGAUCAUGGUGAUGAAAAAAAAACACAACAAGACCGGUUUUGAAGGCAAUGCGUGCCUUCUGUAGCAUCGAAUGACCUCACUAUAACCGCACUAAACACUUCGAUUGGCCAUACGACACAGAGGCACAACACACUAACGCAAGCACAGACGUAUUUGCAUUCAUCCCUGCCGAGAACCACCUAAUCAACGAAUUGUUACAACAAACACAGUGUGAA